AUGCACCGCCUCGGCCUCCUGUAUCAACUUUCGCGCCGAGGUCCCGGCGACCUUUCGCUCAGCCAGAUCUACCUCCAGAACAACCCCUCGACGCACAACGGCGGAACGGACAUCGGGCGGGACUUUGUUCCCGAGCCUUCCGACGAGAUCCAGAUCGAACCUGAGCCCGAACCCGAGCCUGAGUCGAAACGUGCCGACGACUGGCGACGCGUCCGGACGGGGCCCAGCUCCGCACCACUGGACGAGCUGGACUCGUCUGCUACUGCUGUCGCGCGUGUCCCACUCCCCGAGCCGCUGGUUGUGACACCAAAACGAGUGCGGCAGCCUUUCGACACGCACCGCUUUGUCUCAAAGCUCAACGCUGCGAGCAUCGAGCCCGACGUCUCCAGAGUACUCAUGGAGAGCGUGAGAAGCCUCAUUACGCACCGCGUCGACCGCGCAUCCGAAAAUAUGCUCAGCAAAGCCGAGCUUGAUGACCAAGCGUACCUCUUCAGAGCGGCGCUCUCAAGGGUACGCACAGAAUGGAACGUACGUAAGCGCAACGCGGGAAUAGCUGGACGAGACGCACUCAGCGCAAUUCGGAGAGACAUCGACUCGGUUGAGCUCACGAUGAGCGAGGACGUACAGGAGCUCAAGCACGAUAUUGAGCUCGAAAUGGGCAACCGCAAAACAGACACGCGGAGCGACAUGAAGCAGGCGAGCAUCAAUAUCGAGGAGAUUAACAAUCGAGCCACCAUCAGCAUCGGAGACCUCAAGACGGAGAUUGAGAGCGCCAAGUGGGAGGCGACGCGGCGCGCCAUUGCCAUCAUUGCAGUGUUCGUUGUGUUUGGGGUUGUGAUUUCAACGGUAACGUUCGGUGAGAGCAAGGUCCCACCGGGGCCCAAGCCCGACGCGACCGCCCAUCCCGCGUCCGCUUCGACCCCAGUAACAGCGACGCGCGACAUGGGCAUCGGCACUGAUGACGACUUUGACUAUGAGGCGCGCAUCGACAAGCUGCUCGAAGACGUGGAGCGACCCGAGCGACCCGAGCCCAAGCGUCCCCGCCGGUCGUCCAAGCCAGACCGCUUUACCUACACGGAGCGUAUUUGA